AUGCGAAUCGGAGUUUUCGUUGGCGCUUCUGUCGCCGACCUGAUGACCCUGGACGGCCUGUUGGCCCGAAUCAAGCAGGCCGAGGACGACGGCUUCGACAGUUUCUGGAUCCCCCACAUCUCCGCCCGCGGCUACGACGCCCUGACCACCCUCGCCAUGGCCGGGAUGCAGACCAGCCGCAUUGAGCUGGGCGUCGGUGUCGUCCCCACCUACCCGCGACACCCGGCCGCGUUGGCCCAGCAGGCCCUGACCACCGCCACGGCAACCAACGGGCGGUUCAUCCUCGGCAUCGGCCCGUCGCACCGUCCCGGCAUGGAGGAGGGCUUCGGCAUCCCCUACGAUCGUCCGGCCCUGCACACCCGCGAAUACCUCUCGGUGAUGCGUCCCCUGCUGGAGGAGGGCGCUGUCCAGUUCAACGGAGAGUUCUUCAACUGCAAUCUUGAACUGGCCGCUCUCGAGCGCCCGGACUGCCCCAUUUUGGUUUCCGCGCUGGCUCCACAGAUGCUCAACCUCGCGGGCCAGCUAGCCGACGGCACCGUAACCUGGAUGGCCGGGCCCCGCACCAUCGAGACCCACAUCACGCCGCGCAUCCGCCGCUCGGCGGAAAACAGCGGCCGUCCCCAGCCCCGCGUCUGCGUCGGACUGCCCACCGCGGCCACCGACGACGAGAACGCCGGACGCCGGAAGGCCGCCGAGUCCUACGCGCGCUACGGCGACCUGGUCAACUACCGCCGCCUCCUCGAUAUCGAGGGUGUGGAAAGCCCGGCCGAAGUGGCCGUAAUCGGCAACGAGCAGUCGGUCCAGCGGCAGCUUGAGGCCUUCGCGGAGGGCGGAGCGACCGACUUCGUCGGCAACAUAUUCGACGUCCCCGGCGAACCUGACUCAGGCCAGCGCGCCUACGAUGCCCUCAAGGCCCUGGUAGGCAAGAUCUAG